AGCAAACCCCGGCGCUCCCCGGCGGCGGCGGCGGCGGCGGCGGGGACGGGGGGCAGCCCGGGACUCGGGCCGGGCCAGGGACCACCCUGCGGGCAGGGGGCAGCGGGGGCGGCGGCGGGACGGGCGCAGCCGAGCCCCCGAGCGCACAUGGGCGCCCCAGAUGUGGCCGCGGCGCCGCAGCUGGAGCGGGAGCCGCAGCCAGAGGAGCGCGGGGAGGAGGAGGAGGAGGAGAAGGAGGAGGAGGAGGAGAGUGAGGAGGAGGGCUUCAGUGGCGGCCCGGAGUUACCUCCACGCUUGGCUCCCCCGCCCUUGCCGCCCGGAGCCACUCACCCGACGAGCCACCUCCCCUCCUCCCCGCGCUCCUUCGGGCCGCGCCGCCCUGCCGCUGAGUCCUAGGGUGAGCCGGCUCCAGAUGGGGGCCCCGGGUACACAGGGGCUGUCACUGUUUGGAGGUGACCCGGGCGCCCCUCCGAGAUCGGCGUCGGCCUCCGGGCUGCGCCAAGUGCACUGCUGCCGAGGUCGCUGUACAGGGCGAGGGCAGACCUUGUGCGUACUGAGGCUCGGGGCUGUGGGUGGGUGGGGUGCCUGGGCGAGUUUAGAAACCUUUAUUGACAAAGUGGAGUUGGGAGUUGUGGUGGUGGAGAACCGAGAAGGGCGCAGGACAAGCCAGGUGUCUGCGACUGUGCGCCCCUUGCCGAAGAAGCUGCCGUGCGCGUGUACCAGGGGAAUGAUAAAGUGUCCUUGCAGAAGGGUCUUGACACUUGCUCCUGGACGGUGGGCCGCAACUCCCUGAGCAGCGCUGCUCACGCGCCCGCGGCGCCGGGUAGAGCCUGGAAAGUGAGGCGAGUCGGAUUCGCUAGGUGUGGGUCCGGUCGAACGCGCAGGUGGCGCGGCGGGAAGCUUCUGGGGGCAGGGACCCCGCGGCUCAGGCGCGCAGGACGUUGGUGGGGCACUGGCGGUUCAAUCGGCGCAGACAGUCGCGGGUCGAGGGACUCAUCCCGGAGGCGCUGCGCCCGGAGGUGACCUAGGGGCUGCCGUCGCACAGCCGCCGCUCCUGGACCACCGCCUCAUGACCGCGCUGCAGCCUCGGGCUCCCGCGCGCCGCUCAUGCCUUGCUGGGGGCCUUGGGCGAGUGGAAGGGCUCCCGGGUCGAGCGGAGGGCGCGGAGUCCUGGCCUCGGAUGCGAGAGCGAACUGGGUCCUGUAGCAGGCUCGGAUAACCGCAGUGGCCGCGCGCGUUUCCCUCCCUUUCGAUCUUGCUCUGGCUCCCGCCUU